GCCGCGGCGUGCCAGCGGGCGGCCCCCGGCGCCGCGCCGCAGCGCCAACAUGCCCGCCGUCGACAAGCUCCUGCUGGAAGAGGCUUUGCAGGACAGCCCGCAGACUCGGUCUUUGCUUAGCGUAUUUGAAGAAGAUGCAGGAACCCUUACCGAAUACACAAACCAGUUGCUUCAGGCAAUGCAGCGUGUCUAUGGUGCUCAGAAUGAAAUGUGUCUUGCUACACAGCAGCUUUCGAAGCAGCUCCUUGCCUAUGAAAAGCAGCAUUUUGCCUUAGGUAAAGGAGAUGAAGAAGUGAUAUCCACCCUUCAUUACUUUUCAAAAGUUGUGGAUGAGCUCAAUAUUCUCCAUUCUGAACUGGCAAAACAGCUUGCAGAUACAAUGGUUCUCCCAAUAAUACAAUUUCGGGAAAAAGAUCUCACAGAAGUAAGCACGUUGAAGGAUCUGUUUGGCCUUGCUAGCAAUGAACAUGACGUGUCCAUGGCAAAGUAUAGCAGGUUACCGAAAAGGAAAGAAAAUGAAAAGCUUAAGGCAGAAGUGGCAAAAGAAGUGGCAAAUGCGAGGAGAAAGCAGCAUCUUGCAUCUCUGCAAUAUUACUGUGCCCUGAAUGCUCUGCAGUACAGGAAGAGAGUAGCAAUGAUGGAACCUAUGCUAGGAUACACACGAGGACAGAUCAACUUUUUUAAGAAAGGAGCAGAGAUGUUUUCCAAAAGAAUGGACAACUUUUUGUCAUCUGUUUCAGACAUGGUUCACAGCAUACAGGGAGAGUUGGAUGCUGAAGCUGAAGCAAUGAGGGUAUCACAGCAAGACUUAAUUUCAGUUAAUGAAUCUGUUUACACCCCAGAUUCUGAUGUAACUUCACCUGCUAUCAAUAGAAAUCUCAUCCAGAAGGCUGGCUACCUUAACCUAAGAAAUAAAACAGGUCUGGUGACUACUACGUGGGAAAGGCUGUAUUUCUUCACUCAAGGUGGCAACUUGAUGUGUCAACCACGGGGAGCAGUAGCUGGAGGACUGAUUCAGGAUCUGGACAACUGCUCUGUUAUGGCUGUAGACUGUGAAGACAGAAGAUACUGCUUUCAGAUCACCACUCCUACAGGCAAACCGGGUAUAACUCUUCAGGCAGAAAGCAAGAAGGAAUAUGAGGAGUGGAUAUGUGCCAUCAACAACAUCUCCAGACAGAUCUAUCUCACCGACAAUCCAGAGGCAGCUGCUAUCAAGUUAAAUCAGACAGCACUACAAGCAGUGACUCCCAUUACCAGCUUUGGGAAAAAACAUGAAGUUCACCAUCCCAGCCAGAACGUAAAGAAUACAGCAAAUGAUAAAAUAAUUCCCAAUGAAAUAGCUGGCAUUCAAGACUCAGCACAACUCAUUGCUCCUGGAACACCAAUUCAGUUUGAUAUCGUACUGCCUGCCACAGAAUUCCUGGACCAGAAUAGAGGUGGCAGGCGUGCAAACCCAUUUGGGGAAUCUGAAGACAGCAGUAAAGAUGAGGAGGAAGAUUCACUUUUGCAGCAGAUGUUUGUAGUACGUUUUUUAGGAUCAAUGGCUGUUCAGUCAGAUGACACAAGUGAGGUGAUUUAUGAAGCUAUGAGACAAGUACUAGCUGCUCGAGCCAUUCAUAACAUAUUCCGUAUGACUGAAUCCCAUCUUAUGGUCACCAGCAAGAACUUGAGGUUAAUAGAUCCUCAAACCCAAGUUACGCGAACAAGUUUUGAACUUGCAAAUGUGACACAGUUUGCUGCUCAUCAGGAUAACAAGAGACUGAUUGGUUUUGUGGUCCAUCUCAGUGAGACUCUGGGAGAAGAAUCCAUGAGCGCAUAUAUUUUUGAGAGCAACACAGAAGGAGAAAAGAUUUGCUAUGCCAUCAGCUUGGGAAAAGAAAUCAUUGAGGCACAGAAGGACCCAGAAGCAUUAGCUCAGUUAAUGAAGUCUGUGCCAUUAACAAAUGAUGGAAAGUUCAUGCUUUUGAAUGAUCAGUCAGAAGAAGAUGGAACCACACAUGAAGAAGGGGAGGAGUCAGAAGCAUAAAAAACAAAAAGCAAAAAACUUGUCAUUACCUACAGCCUCUACGGGAGCAGGAAAAGCAGGGAGUCUUUUUGCAAGAAUCUCUGAUUUUUAAUUGUCUGUGCAUAUAUUAGGCAAGCUUCUGUCAUCCUACUAGAAAGAAUGUGGCAUUUUUGCAGUGGAGUUUCUCUGGAUUUACAGUGCAGCAACAGCAGAACUUGGCCUUCAAGGCUUCUUGCAUAUGUGAAUGUGUACUGUAUAGAUGUGUCUGGGAAGCUGACAAUCUUAGGGAAUGUUUCAGCAUUAGCCCCUUGCUGCUGGUAGUUAGGAAAGCACAACUGUCAGCCACAAAGAGUUAAUGUCACUUCUUCAGAUUUAACUGAUAAGCAGCCUACACUUCCCUUGAAAUCAGUGCAAGUUGUGAGCUGUCAGCUCCUUUAAAAAUAAUAAUAAUCAGGCCUCCAAUUUCUUACCAUAGUCAUCAGUUUUCAUGGCUCACAUAAUUAUGUGCAUAUGAAUGAAGGUUAAAAAAAUGCACUAUUUACUUUAUUUUCAGAUGAAGUUAUUUUUAGUCUAGUCUAAGUGUAACAAGAUUUAUCUUUUGUGCUAGCCUAUUUACAAAACAAUUUGUUAAACACUAGAUUUUUCCAAUUAAUAUAAUCUAUUUUUAUAUUGCAUACGGAAUAAGCUUACAAAACAAAUUAAGUGCCUAGUCUUACCUUCAUGGGGACCACGCUCAUAUUCUGUAAUUAAUAGUGGAUAUAAUGUACCUUUGUGAUUUAUUACCUAAAUUACCACUGAUAUGCAAACAUCAAAAGUAGUCAACAAAUGCGGCAUGUUAGUUGUGUGCAGUUUUUAUAUGGUUAGGUUUCUUAAAAGUUGCCAGAGAGAUAAUAAUUGUAGGACAAAUAAGUACUUUUUUAUAGUGUUGUGUGUUUAACAUUAUGGUGACAUAAUAUCUGAGAGUGAGUCUACCAGCAACCGUCAGUUUUAAGAAGCUGAGCAAUAAAAUGCUAGUUUGUAAGUCUAUGGUGCAUUGACUAGUCUCACAGUACAUUUCUAGAAUGAGGCACUAUGUAUGCUGGCUGAUAAGUUUAAAUUUUUUUUUUCCAUUUUAACCUGAUAACCUGAGAACCUGUACUUUGCAAAAACAAGCAAAAAUGAACAGUACUUGGGAGUGGGCCGGGGGAGAACGAUGGGGGAGACUACCUGUGUAAGCUUUGUAUUUAUCAAGAAAAGGUAACUGGAACAAGUGGCUGAAAUUCCUCAACUGAUUUUAAUUCUUCUGAAGCAUUUUCUAGGAAACUAGAUUUUAUGUAAGCAGGAUUAUGCUACAGAGAUGAAAUCUUUCUGAAAGAUCUCAGUUUGUAAGUGUUCAACAUGGAAUAAAUUCAUUUAACUAGUUGUUUAAUGCUUGUAAAAAACAUGAAAGAACUGUUAGCAACUGGCACAAACAUUUCUUCGUAAAUAAAAAUUGAAGCCGUCCUAAUAAAAAACAAUAAAACGUG